AUGCCAGAAAAUGACGGUCUAAUGAGGAUAUUCUGGCCGACGGACAUCCAGCGCUCCGACCUGCCUGGCGUCGUCGUGGGAUGGAGGAACUCGAGUCUGGAUGUCUUCGUCGUGGCCAUUCUCGACGAUGUCGAUGCCGGCCAUGUCGAAUUCGCCCUCAAGAUCGGCACCCUUUUUCGAAACUCCCCACACCCCGUCAAUAGCAUCUACGAACGAUGCGGCCACAAUGCGAUGCACGUCCUCGGUCUGACGAACCCUAGCGAAGCCGUCGUACUCGAUCCCUCCCUCUUCAUCGCGACCACGCCAGCCGGCGCAAAGUCGCCCCGAAUCGCUUGCGCAAAGGCCCUCAGCAUCCAGAUCAUACUCUACGACCGACCGCGCCCCAGCAGAAUGCAGUACAUCUCGCUGAACCCCAUCUCGCUCGCGCUUGGGAACAAGGAGGCCCCGGGCCUACCGCCGACAGAACACAUGGCUGAAGAGCGGCAAGAGCUCAAGGUGAAGGAGGAAAAGAGAAAAUUGGUGGAAAAGCUGAAACAACACACCAUAAUCAAGCGGUCUCCGUCGCCAAAAGAGAGAGCCCUACCAAAAAUUGUGAACCAAAUCAACUGGUCAUGGGAGCUUGAGCAGCUGUUGCAGAAGAACAUCUCCCGAAUCGGCACCCGACCCAAGCGAUCUCUGAGCGUCUCGGAGCGAGUGGUGGAGCAUGCGACAUCGAUGCGGAAUUUCAUCUGGGACCUCUUGAUCUUCUACCUGCUUCCGCUGAUUCAGUGGGGUUUUGUGUACAUGCUCAUGGGUCACAGGGCGGUCGCCGAGUUGCUCCUUCAAAUCUUGGAAUUCCGACUGAGAGACGACUACCUAGCUUUGAAGGACAUAUCGGCAACGGCGCAACAAGUAGAGAUUCGACUGCAGCAGUUUUGCUAUUGGCCCAUGCAGUACACCACUUUGCGACAGCGCAAGAAUGAUUGGGAGAGCGUCACGACCAGUCACCCUGACUAUAUACGGUUUUACAACAGCCUAUGGCUCGUCGCCAACGAUGUCAUCAUUGGUAUUGCGUUGGGCUCCUACAUCAUUGACAACGCCGAGUGGGCCGCCAACGCAAUCAGCGAGCUUCUGAGGGUGUACACGGUCGAGGCGCUUCAACGAAGUAUAUCGUGGCUCAUGGGAUGGCCUGCGGGUUUGAAGCUGAAUAGCGAGUUGGCUCUCUUCCUAGGAGACCUUUUCCUCUGGGUCAUUGACUACUGGUCAAACUGCAUCGCGACGCUUCAGCCAUUAUUGCCUCACAUUAUAUGGUUCAUUGGCUUUUCUAGCUUCGCUGGAGCCAGCAUGCCCAUCGCCAUGUUCUCCGACCUGCUCUCCAGCUUGACCGUUCACAUUUACUCCUUUUAUCUGGCAUCUGCCCGGAUCUACCAUUGGCAACUCACGAUACUCAUCUCGCUCUUUCACCUGUUCCGUGGCAAGAAGCACAAUGUACUGCGCAACCGUAUCGACUCGUGCGACUACGACCUCGACCAGCUUCUCGUGGGCACCAUCCUCUUCACCCUGCUCUUCUUCCUCCUCCCGACCGUGGUGGUGUUCUACUUGAAUUUCGCCGUCGCGCGAAUGGUCAUCAUUUCGCUAAAGGCUGUUUUUGAUACACUUCUCUCUUGCGGCAUCCGUUUUGAACUUCGAGAUACCCUUGACUAUAGACUUAAUAAUACUUCCAACGAGCCACCGACCUCGGUCAUCUACCUCAAGUCCAUCCCUCUCACCUUCCGCGCCAUGUUCCACCAGUACUUCCAGAUGGGCAACCGCAUCCGCAAGCACUACCUCUCCCCCACGGUGGUGCUCUGUCUGGUGACGGGCAAGUUCGUCCCGCCGCUCAACCGCAAGAACCUAUACAGCCUGCAGUACAGCAUGCUCCCCGCGCGCCGCGCGAGCUUCCGCCAGAUGUGGGACGCCAUCACGACGGUGCAGCCCAGCAGGAAGCCCGUGCCGUUUGUGACGAAUGGGAAAAGGUAUCCCACGGGGAUCGGGGGCGGGGGGAGGACGAGGUAUCAUCACUAG